AUGCUAGGUUAAACUGAUGUAGAAAUUUGGAAGUGCCUAUAAUAAAGCCCGCAAGUCGUCGCCUAUAUUCGGAAGCUUACACUUUGCUCUCGUGAGUUAAACCGCGUACAAAAUUGUAUAACCGUCACAUGCAUCGACGCGUUGCUCAGCCAUCAGAUAAGCCGAUAAUCGAUAAUUGCAAACAAAAAUAACUGACACGAGCUGCGGCGCGUUAGUACUUUGCGUGAUUGUUGGCGAGGUUAGAAUUGGAUACCGGGAUCCCGGGGAAAUUCGCAAAUAAACUUUUUAAAUGUUUUGAAUUGAACUUGUAUUCAAAAUGACAGCUAUUUUAGGGGGAGGAAUAUCGGGCCUAAGUGCAGCAUAUUACGCUGUCGAACACUCAAAAUUAGGGUCGAUUGUUCUCUAUGAAGCAUCUAAUCGUUUAGGAGGAUGGAUAAGAAGUGUAACAGCACCCAGUGGAGUGAUAUUUGAGAAAGGUCCUCGCACCAUCAGAUCUGAAGGCGCUGCUGGAGAAAAUACUCUGCAACUUAUAAGUGAUCUCAACUUGAGUGACAAAGUUGUUGCAGUCAAAAUGUUUCAUCCAGCUGCCAGAAACAGACUGAUUUAUGUAAAUGAAAAAUUGCACCUAUUGCCUAAUUCACUGGGUGGUUUGUUAAAAAUUCAAGAACCAUUUAAGAGACGUUUGGCUUCAAUAAUAUGGACUGACUUAAGAGCUCCGAAAGAAAUAAAGGAAGACGAAAGUAUUUAUAGUUUUGUUGAAAGAAGAAUGGGAAAAGACGUUGCUGAUUACUUAAUCAGUCCAAUGAUUUGCGGAAUAUGCGCUGGAGAUGCAAAGCAAAUAAGUGUUAACUUUUUGCUGAAAAGUGCCUUUGAAUUCGAACAGAAGCACGGUUCAAUGACUAAGGGUCUUUUGUUGAAUCUGUUAAAAAAAAAAUCUAAUCAAAGUACAAACAAAAAUAAAGCAAGUUCAACCAAGUCACAUUUAGUUGAAAAGUCUAAGCUAGAGAAAUGGUCAGUUUGGGGUCUUAGAGGAGGGUUAGAACAAUUUCCUAUAGCAUUGAGUAAUUCCUUAAAAUCUAAGUCUAAUUUAUCUUUAAAAACUAAAACGAAUUGCGAACAAAUCACAUUCAAACCAGGUCAGGUGGAAUUAUCCGUGAAUGGGAAAGCUGAAAAACAUCUAAGAGUGGUCUCAAGUUUGUCAGCAAAGAGUCUUGCUCCCUUGCUUAAAAGACAGCAUCCACAAUUGUCAAGGGAGCUAGAAGCAAUACCAUGUGCCACUGUAGCUGUAGUUAAUCUUCAUUUUAAUGGAGACGUUUUGCCAUUGGAAGGUUUUGGAUUUCUUGUAGCACCAUCUGAAAAUUUGCCUAUUCUAGGAGUUAUCUUUGAUUCGUGUGUCUUUAGCAAUGAGAAUAAUACUACAGUACUAACGGUAAUGAUGGGUGGAGCAUGGUUUGACAAAUACUUUGGAAAGAGCGUAACAAAUGACCAACUCCUAUCUACAGCAGUUAAGCAUACGAAAAAUAUACUUAAAAUACAAGAAGAUCCAGUCGAGGUCGAUGUAGCUGUGUUGAAGGACUGUAUUCCACAGUACGUGGUUGGUCAUAGUCAAAGAAUGCAGCGCAUUCAAAACUAUAUCUCCUCGCAUAAAAUCCCUUUGGUGCUCUGCGGAUCGUCAUAUCACGGGGUUGGUCUGAACGACGUUAUUCUGUCAGCAAAACGAGCCAUUUCCGACAUUGUUUAAUGCAUUAAUUUGUCAACUCAAAAAAAAUUCCAUGCAUGCAUGCAUUGAAAAACUUGCUGACUCACAAACAGCAGUGGGUAAAGUUUAGUUGUAAAACAUAAACUUGUAUUGUAAAUAAAUAAAACUUUAUAUUGUAUAAAAUAAA